AUGUCUCGUUCUUCCUCUCCAACCACUGACUAUGCCGCCGAGCUGCAAAAUCUCCUCGCCGAAUUGUCUCAGAACCCAGAGAGAGAAUCCGUAGCCUCAGAACUCGAAGUCCUCCAAUCUAUCUACGGCGACGGAGCAAUACGUAUCUGGCACCCAUCGUCAAAUGGAAAGAGCAAGAAUGAUGCGAAUGUACGCUACGAAGUGGUUAUGAGCCUCCCUUCACCUCAUGAGGACAUCUCUGUGAAAGUUCUCGUCUCUCUUCCGACGACAUAUCCGUCUUCGUCUCCUCCGCAACUCCAAUUGCUCUCUAGAUACAUCGGCUCGUAUGGGGCGGACUCCAACCUAUUUGGGUCCAUCUUGAGAACGUUCAUCUCUGUCAAUGGCGUUGAAUGGUCAGAAGACACCGUUUGCGUGUUCGACGGCCUCCAGAACGUGCUAGACCGCUGUACCGCCUGGUAUGAAGAACGCCUUAGUGCUGAAAAGGCUGGCAAGCUCGUGCGGGAAGAAUUACAGGAUCACGGCCAGGCAAAUUCUGUGAAGAACGACUCGUCAAAUGCAAACACAGAUGACCGACCAUCUGGCUCAAAUGACAUCGGAGUUCCGACUGCUCUUCCUGCGGGUAUCCAGAUCCACACUGCAGAGCCCAUUACGGAUCGGAAGAGUGCCUUUGUAGGACGUGCUUGUCGAAUUCACCAUCCAUCGGAGGUGCCUCUCGUCCUCGCCCAUUUGAUGUCCGAUCGACGAAUAUUUCGUGCCGCUCAUCCUAUCAUCAAUGCAUGGAGAUGUCAAGCUGACGGUAUACUGCACCAAGGUUAG